GCUUGUGAGUAGUGUGACUGAGUGAGUGUGUAUUUUUCAGAGUAGAAGCUUCACUAAGCUUACUCCCUCCCUCCUUCCCGCUCUCUGUUUCUGUCGCUUCCAUGGCUGUCUUGUUUAAAAUGCCUGUCGUUUUGGGUUUCUUUGUGGGUCUUAUGAUGCUGGGUUUGGCUAGCUCAGCUGAGUUUCAUGAGCUUUUUCAACCUGGUUGGGCAAACGAUCAUUUCAUCUAUGAAGGAGAGCUUCUUAAGCUCAAACUUGAUAACUUUUCUGGUGCUGGGUUUGCAUCAAAAAGCAGGUAUUUGUUUGGAAAAGUAUCCAUGCAGAUUAAACUUGUAGAGGGUGACUCAGCUGGGACUGUCACUGCUUACUAUAUGUCAUCGGAGGGUCCAUACCACAAUGAGUUCGACUUCGAGUUCCUGGGCAAUACCACAGGUGAACCUUACCUUCUCCAGACCAAUGUGUACGUGAAUGGUGUAGGGAACAGAGAGCAAAGAAUGAACCUUUGGUUUGACCCCACCAAGGACUUCCACUCUUACUCUCUCCUUUGGAACCAGCGCCAAGUUGUAUUUCUAGUGGAUGAGACACCAAUAAGAGUGCACACCAACAUGGAACACAAAGGAAUUCCUUUUCCCAAAGACCAAGCCAUGGGUGUAUAUAGCUCAAUCUGGAAUGCUGAUGAUUGGGCCACACAGGGUGGCCUAGUCAAGACUGAUUGGAGCCAUGCACCAUUUGUUGCCUCCUACAAAGGCUUCGAAAUCGACGCAUGCGAGUGCCCGGUUUCCGUGACAGCAGAUGAGAUCGCCAAGAAAUGCAGCAGCAGUGCUGAGAAGAGGUUCUGGUGGGACGAACCGACAAUGUCGGAGUUAAGUUUGCACCAGAGCCACCAACUGGUGUGGGUUAGGGCAAACCACUUGGUCUAUGACUAUUGUACUGAUACUGCUAGGUUCCCUAUCAAGCCUGUAGAGUGUGAGCACCAUCGUCACUAGUAGACCAGCUAAGGCAAAAGGGGUUCUUUUGGGUACAUUGUAAAAAUAUGUUGUAUGGGGCACUGGGCAGUGGAAGAACCUUAGUCAUAAAAAAAAACAUGUAGUCCAUGUUUCAUAUUUUGGUUUCUUUUAGUUUCCGUUUUGUACGAGAAUCUCAUUAGAUUAAUAGUAUUAACCUUUUUAUA